AGCCAAUAAAGUUGAUUACGCCCUGCUUGAGCUUGUGGCUUUAGAUGAUGUGGUGUUGCUGCAAUCACGCGGAGGGAGAAACAAGUGCUGACAAGGCAAACUUGCCGAUUCACAGCUCUGUGGUCACCGAGCCUGAGCUUCAAGAACCGGUGGAGGAGCAAGAUGAAGAGACCAUUCGAAAGCUUAGUGACCCUGUCUCAGCGAUGGCCCAACCAAAGGCCGCUCAGAUUCAAGAAAGUAAAGAGGAGAGCAUUGAGAAGUUGGAAGAGAAGACACCGGCACCAGCUGAGAACGAGCAGUUCACGGUGAAGAUCUCCAAGGUCGGUGGCAAGCUUGGUGGAGCUUUGGACACUGUCUAUGAGACCCAUUGUGUUGUGAAGCGUGUUGAUGCCGGCGGCGCUCUUGCUGGUCAGAACAUUCAGAAAUACGACCGGCUGAGACAAGUUCAGCAGAAAGAAGGCUCAGCCUCUGCGCUCGUCAAGAUGAUUGCUGGUGCUUCUGAUGAACUGGAGCUGCUUGUCGAGCGGCCAACUAUGAAGGAUUUGGUUCUGCACAAGAAUGGUGACAAGGUUGGGCUCAAGAUUGACAAAGACGGCGACACCUUAGGACUCAUCAUCAAGGAGGUCAUUGGGGGUGCUGCCGCACAACUGCCUGUUGGCACCUUCAAGCCGAUGGAUCGGAUCGUUGCGGUGGAAGGCCAAGAGGGGAACGCAAAGAUGUUCGAGUUGAUCACGUCUGUGCCGAGUCCAAGCAUUCGGGUGUGCUCCUAUGGUGUGUAGAAACACCUGGUGAAAAAUGGUGAUGCUGUGACGGCAAUGCUUGCGUGUCAAUGUAAGGUUGAUUGGGCCCAAACAAAACUGAGAUCUCUCAUCUCACGCGUCCAUAUGCAUUUUUGAAAAGGCACUCUGCUUGCCGCCACGUUUGCCGGAUGUUGGAGCAAGUAGCUCAUGAUCUCAUGUAAGUCCUAGCCUUUCAGACUCUGAGAUUUGAGCCCUAGUUACUAGUGAC